UGUCCAGGACUCCUUCGAAAUGAGAUUGGUUAAUUGUCUCUAGGGAACUUGGAAAGACAAGCUAUUUCCACCCAAUCCAUCAUUGAGACCUCUGUUCCAAGAAUUCAGAUUCAGUGCCCGAAAACGAUAGAAUUGGAAUCUUCAAACUUGAUAAGCAAAAAUAUAUCAGAAAAAUGGCAUCCGCAGCUGCUUCUGUGUGUUCAUCAACCUUGGUUCAGUCAGUUGGUGGAGGCCUUAAAGCUCAGAACUCUUCUUUUUCCACUCCCAAUUCACUCACUUUUACAAGGAGAAAAACUGUAGUGAAGGCAACCUCUCGGGUUGAUAAGUUCUCGAAAAGUAAUGUCAUUGUCUCUCCAUCUAUUCUUUCUGCUAACUUUGCCAAGUUAGGAGAACAGGUGAAAGCAGUAGAGUUGGCAGGUUGUGAUUGGAUUCAUGUUGAUGUGAUGGAUGGUCGCUUUGUCCCAAAUAUUACGAUUGGACCCCUCGUCGUUGAUGCACUUCGUCCAGUCACAGAUCUUCCGUUGGAUGUGCAUUUGAUGAUUGUGGAACCUGAGCAGCGGGUACCUGACUUCAUAAAGGCUGGAGCUGACAUAGUUAGCAUUCACUGUGAACAAUCUUCAACUAUCCAUUUGCAUCGCACCUUAAAUCAAGUCAAGAGUCUUGGUGCUAAAGCUGGAGUUGUCCUGAACCCUGGAACCCCUUUGAGUGCCAUAGAAUAUGUUCUCGAUGUGGUUGAUCUGGUAUUGAUUAUGUCAGUAAACCCUGGUUUCGGUGGGCAAAGCUUCAUCGAGAGCCAAGUCAAGAAAAUCUCAGACUUGAGAAGAAUGUGCUCGGAGAAGGGAGUCAACCCAUGGAUUGAGGUCGAUGGUGGAGUUGGUCCUAAAAACGCUUAUAAGGUAAUUGAAGCUGGGGCCAAUGCAUUAGUUGCUGGAUCUGCAGUUUUUGGAGCUCCCGACUAUGCUGAAGCUAUUAAAGGGAUCAAAACCAGCAAAAGGCCCGACGGAGUUCCAGUAUAAAUUACUGAUUGAUGAUUUUGCUUAAGUCUACCUUUGGCUUUGAUCUCUUGAAUCACAGACGAUAUGCAGAACAAGUCGGAGCAAAACAUCAAAUGCUGUUGCCAGGUACACCAAUACUGAACUCCUUCGUUUCGUCGGACAAACAAGAAGAGUAGUCGUAAACCUGUCCUGAGAUGGAUGUGUAUAGCAGUAGUCCUCAUGGGGAAUUUGUGCAGGAAAGAUAGAUCAACAUACUUACCUUCACUUACAACAAAGAAGAAAAAAGCAUGUUGUCUAUGUACAUAUUUUUUUACAUUGUUUUGUGUAUAAAUGUAUUAGUGAGUUCCCCUGAUCGCAUGAUGUUGAAAUAUGGCUGUUAACGCCCAAUGUUGUCCAAAAAUGCGUAUCCUUGGUAAGAAUACAUGUAAAAUUCAAUUCC